AUGCGCUUCCUGCCCUUACUAGCUUCAGCCAGCGCGCUUGUCGCCAGUGCAUUUGCCACCGAGCAAUCCACCGAGGAGAGAUUCAUCAAGUUCAACCGUCUCGCCCGUCUCUCGUCUCCCCUCCAGCUCAACGAUGUUUCGUACAAGUCACUGACGAGCACACCACGGGAUUAUUCCGUUGCUAUUGUCUUGACGGCCCAGGACACUCGAUUCGGGUGCCAGCUUUGCAGGGACUUCAAACCAGAGUGGGAGUUGAUCGCCCAGAGCUGGGCUCGAGGUGAUAAGCAACAAGAGUCUCGGCUGUUCUUUGGUGUUUUGGAUUUCACUGAGGGCAGAGAAACCUUUUUAUCGCUCGGUCUUCAAACAGCUCCCGUCUUGAUGUUUUUCCCUCCUACGACAGGACCCCACGCCGUCGCUUCUGCCGAACCCAUCCGCUAUGACUUUACCACUGGACCUCCCACCGCUGAACAAGUCCGAAAUUGGUUGGCCCGCCAUCUUCCUGGUCGCCCUCACCCUGAGAUCAAGCGCCCUAUCAACUGGUUGAAAUGGGCGUCUCUCUUCACCUUUGUGGCUGGCGCCGUCACCGCAAUGGUCUCUGCGUCACCAUAUAUUCUUCCUAUUAUACAGAACCGAAAUCUCUGGGCUGCUGGCAGCAUGAUUGCCAUUCUGCUCUUCAUUAGUGGCCACAUGUUCAACCACAUUCGAAAGGUCCCUUACGUCGCGGGAGAUGGCAAAGGCGGCAUCACUUACUUCACUGGUGGGUUCCAGAACCAACUUGGGCUUGAAGUCCAGAUUGUUGCCGCAAUCUACGGUAUCCUGAGCUUCUGCACCAUCGCACUUGCCACCAAGGUCCCACGCAUGACCAGCCCCAAGUCGCAGUCCGUUGCUGUACUGGUCUGGGGAGCCGCCAUGUUCUUCAUCUAUAGCUUCCUGCUCAGCGUCUUUCGUGUCAAGAACUCAAGCUACCCAUUCUCACUGCCACCAUUCAUGUGA